UCACUUUUGCAUCCAUACACAUCACUGAUACAGCUGGACGGCUUUCAAAGUUCACCAGCAUCUACGCAGUAGAAAAAUUCAAAAGACUUUCUGCAUCUAGUAUAUCGAAACUUUGCUUUGGAAGGAUGUACUGCAAAAUCGUUGUCAUCUCCGUUAUUGUCUUGGUGGCAUUUCUGGCCAUUAGUGAAGGAAAGAGCCUUAAAGGUACGGGAGUGGAUCAACGCUGUCGCUGUAUUGAAACAGAAAGUCGACGCAUGGGUAAACACAUAGAGACGGUUGAAAUUUUUCCACCCGACUCCCACUGCAAAGACCAAGAGAUUAUUGCCACCCUGAAAGAAACUAAGCAGGAGAUCUGUCUGGACCCAAAUGCCCCUUGGGUUAAGAAAGUAAUCGAGAAGAUCAUUGACAACAGCAAAUCAUCAUAAACGUGUCAACCAACCCCGACGUGAAAGCAUGUAGACCACACAAGUUUCUUCACAGCCAACUUUUAUUUAUGGCAACAUUGUACAGCACUUGCCUUGUGGGUGUGUGUUUACAAUAUUGUUGGGAUUUGUAUAUAUGUAUAUAAAGAAUAUUUAUUUAUUGUUAAAUAAAGGUUUUUAUUAUGAUA